UAGAACCGCCCCAGAGGACGGUCGUGACCAGAGGGCUCUGGUCGUGACCACAAACUUCCUCUGUUGGUCAACUCUUCUGGUGCCUUGUUUGGGCGGGAAUACUUAAGGAAGUUUCUGAUUCGUUUCGUCAGUUCGGACUGUUAGGUUCUGACACGCAGUUUGAAUUCAUUAGCAGGUAAUAUUUUUCAGUGAACACAAAGUUGGCCAUCAAAUUGACUGCACGAAGGAAAGAGGAAGUGCACAGGGAGAAAACAACCAGAAACACCAAAAGGACAAGGCUCCAACACCUUAGGGCACAAUGAGUUCUACAAUUUCAACUUCCUCUUUGAAAACAGGAGACAGAGGUGAUAUCUGGACCUGGUCCACCUAUAAGUUCCAGCUGCCUGUGACCUGUGGACACGUGAAGGGAACACUUAUACGAGACAGUUUGGCUAAAGGGGGGAAAUGCAUUUGCGUCAAGAACCAGUGGUUUACUCCCACUGAGUUUGAGAGGUUUGCAGGGAAGGAACGCACCAAAAACUGGAAGCUGAGCAUCCGAUGUGAAAACAUCCCUUUGAAAAAGCUGAUUGAGGACGGUCACUUGAAGUCAGUAAGAUACAAACGAAGAUGUAAACAGGUGAAGAAACCUCAGCUGUCUUCUAAUCGUUCAGCUAAAGCUGCUGCCAGGAGUCACAACUAUGAGAGAGUUCGCAUGACAAAGUUGGAAGUUGUUUUGAACCGGAUACCCUUCCAGACGCAACAUGGACUCAAACUGAAUAAUUUGCUUGAUGAAGAAGGUGAAGAGGAUGAAGAAGGUAACCGGGAAGAUGAGGUUUCAUCAUGCCGAACUGAAGAUUCAUCAGACGACACAGAUCAGGACGAGCAGCAGCCAGAACCCAGCCUUGACAACAAAAGGACGUUCACAGUGACGUGUCGGGGUUUGUCUGGGAUUUUAUACGAAAAACGAUUUGCAGGGAAACGUGGGAAAAGUAUUCGUACCAAGACGAGCUGGUUGACCCCRGUGGAGUUUGUAAACGCAGCGUUAGGUCACAGAAACGGCUCCUGGAGGAAGGACAUUGAAAGUGAUGGAAAACCACUCGGUUUUCUCCUGGAGGAAAAAGGCCUGAAGAUCCAUUYAGAGCAGUGCCCCUGCAACCUGUGUGAACCCAAACCAGAAGACCUGGAGCGUCAGCAAAACGAUGAUGAGUGCUCCAGUUGUAAAAUGGAAGGAGAGGARAAGUUGGUCGUGUGUAAUUACUGCCCAAGAUCGUUCCACAAGAGAUGCCACGUGCCUCAUAUAGAAGACACACUUCUAAAUAAUGACAAAGAAUGGAAGUGCACGUUCUGCACUUUUAAAGCCAACCAGAAGACUGAAGCUGUCAUGGCRCAUCCAAUUUCUCAACACAAGUUGGAGUGCCAGUAUCUCCUCAUGUAUCUGUGCAGUGCUGACGAAGAGCAAAAGUUUUCCACAAACCGCAGCUUUAACAUAGAAAGCUUCUCCAGUUUUGUUAAAACUCCGAUGUGGCUGGACAACAUAGCCAAGAGACUCCAGAGGAACCAGUACCAGAUUGUUGGCGAGUUUGUGUCUGAUGUUCAGUUCAUUUUCACUGAGUGUGCAAAAAUCAACCAGAACAAUGUUGAAGUCUUUUCUAUGAAUGAACAUCUGAAACAAUUAUUUGAUCAAGAAUUUAGGAAGGCCUUCAACAUCCACAACUAAACUGCAGACAGAUGUCCAASAGUGGCUUCCUUACUCCUAUAGAAAUUGGUUGGCUGUUGUGACGGGGUUUCUCUUCAUCAUGGAAAUCAUUCUGCAGUCAUUCACCAUCGUCAUCUUCUGUGGGCGUUUUAUUAUUAUUAUUAUUUUUGCAUUUAUGAGUUCACCAGUGUGUUCUUUCUUUGUCAAGAUGUACCAAACUCUAGAUUUUGCCACUCCAAAUAUUGUAGCAGUUUCUCAGAUGGGUUUUUGGCCAGUAGGAUCAGUACUUUGACUCAAAUAGUGAAACUGAAUACUUUGUCCCAAUACCACUCCAAAUUGUAGCUCAAUGACUGUAAACUGGACUGACUUAAAGACAGUUUUGUUUGCUAGGAUUGUGUUACUGAGGUGACCAUCUUGAAUCAAUUGUUGAUGUACAUCCACUGAUCACGUCCUUAAAGUUUUAUUAAACUGUCCACUGGUUCAAGAGAUGCUUUGCUAACAGUACACAGGCAAAAACAUAACCGUCCUGCCUUAGUCUUCAACAGCAGGCAAUCAUAAGAUCUAGAAAUGCAACUACUGCUUUAUUUAACAGAUUCACAGUAUAAUAAAAUUAUUGUUUAGCA